CACUAUUCAGUCGAACAUAUGCGUUUAAACCGGCUUAACCAUAUUAAUAUUUAAUAAUGUAUAAGCGAGAUUUAACCUGCAUGUUGAGCGUUAAGUUAUUGUAAACAGUAAAAACAGUUAUAGAUAAUUAUAUAUAUCGUGUAGUAUCGUACGUUCACUGUUGAUGACCAUGAAAACUUCGUUCUCCUGCAAGUUAAUGUAUUUUUGUUUCAUCUUUGAAGCGGGAAUUUUGUGUGAUAAAAAACUCGAAAAACGACCAACAGUAUUUUUUUGCCCUGGUGUAACGGAAUAUGGGUGUGAAUCUGGCCAGUGCGUUGAUGUCUCAAAAACUUGUAAUGGAAUACGAGAUUGCAGUGAUGGAUCUGACGAAACUUUACUUUUGUGUGAAAUGGUCCUGUGUCCACAGGAUACAUUCAAGUGCAAGUAUGGCGCUUGUAUCAGUAACAAGUAUAUAUGUGACGGCUCCAAACAGUGUGCUGAUGGUUCAGAUGAACAAUAUUGUUCCAAUUCAACUUCAAUAUCAACAUUUACGAGUGAAAUAUCUAAAAAAAACAACCAAGAAAAACCAAUAAAGCAGUCUCACAUUAAGAAAACUUGCAUGAUACCGACAAUUGAGGGCACAAAAUAUUUCAAUAAAAAUGGGAAACAAAAUGUUUCUCUGCCUCAUGGUACUGCAGUUGAACAAUAUACCAUAGUUGAGGAGGACUGCGAAGAUAGGUAUUACAAAGUUAUUCCUGAAAGAUUUAUGGUAUGCUCGGAAUCCGGACAAUGGAGACCAUUCGUAACUGAGGAAUUAUGUUUAAAAAUGUGUCCACCUAUAAAAUCAGUUACUUCAGAUUUUAAAUGUAUCUUUGAGGAUAAAUAUAUUAGUUGCUUAAAUGCAGCACCUGGAACUAUAUUGUAUCAAACGUGUAAAACCAAUUUUAAAUCAGCAAUAAGCGAAGAAGAACAACUUUCAAUUCAAUUACAUUGUACGGAAGAUGGAACAUGGAGCAAUGAUAAUCUAUAUAAGUGUAUUCCAACUUGUGGUCAAAUAAAAUAUAAUGGAACAGUACCUUGGAGUGUUGGAUUAUAUCGAAAAAAUUACGGUCACUAUGAUGAGUAUUAUGAAUUAAUAUGUGGAGGAACAUUAAUUGCGCCGAAUUUAGUUGUUACUGCUGCUCGAUGUAUUUGGGAAAAAGAGAGUACGUAUGGAACAUUGACGAAUGAAAAUAUUUAUAAAGUUGCCGUUGGAAAGUAUACUAGUGAUAUUUCGAUAAAAGACAAUGAUUUUACUCAGAUUAUUGAUGUGGAUUUAAUUUUUUUAAAAGAGAGUUAUAAUGGUUCUUCUGGGUAUAAUACCGAUGAUUUAGCUAUUAUCACGUUAAGCAAACAAGUCACAAUCAGCGACUUUGUUAUGCCAGUUUGUAUCGAUUGGUCCGAACACUCCGAACAAUAUACUGUUCCGAACGGAUCUAACGGAAAGGUGGUCGGCUGGGGAAAAACGGAAAUAAAAGCCAAUGUGUCGUAUGUUGAGAAAAAUACUUGUCGUGAUAUGUAUGCCAAAGAAUUUCAAUCGUUGGUGACUGCUGAUAAAUUUUGCGCUGUUUCUCCAUUAGGACAAAAUAUUACUGAAAUAUUCAUUGGUUCGGGAUUUACGUAUGAACGUGAUACUUUUAACUUUUUAACCGGAAUAGUGAGUGUCAUGGAUAAAAACACAAAUGAUUUAUUUGCUGUUUUCACGGAUGUAAGUUACCAUAUUCAAUGGAUUGGCCAAUUCACGAAAGACGUCUUUAAUGCAAGUGAAUACAUCUUAUUAUAGUACGAUGAUGUAUUCAUUGUUCAUUCUACGCCUAACAAGUUCUUAUUUAAAAACUAUAUUGUCUAAGACUUGUGUUAAACCUAUAUUGUAUUAAAAAUUAUAUACAACAAAUUGUUUGUAACGUUUAUAACAUUAUUAAGAUUAAGAUUCAACAACAAAACGCAUAUUAUAAUAUUUAAAUGCAUAGUUUGAAAUAAACGAUAAUAGCAGCUAGCUGA